AUGACAGCACUUCGACAGCUUCUUCUCCUUCGUGUCGUCAUUCAAUGCCGCCCAUCAUCUAAAGUCAUGGCGUCUGGAGUUUGUCGCGAGACAAGCGAACACGGCGUCACGCCCAAACACAUCACACUGAUUUCUCGCCAUGAUCUUUACCGUUCAUACCGCAUUCAACCACCCCCCACCUCGACCACGCCCGGUCAUUAUCUUCACUCCUUCUUUUGCAUCCUUCAUUGCGAAGAAACACCUGAUACCCUACUCAUACCUGAGCGUAACCAUUUCAUCUCUCUCGCUUUGUUUCUCUCCGUAUCUAUCUAUCUAUCUAUCUAUCUAUCUAUCUAUCUAUCUCUGAUGAUUAUCUAUCUAUCUAUCUCGCUACGUUUUUAUCUAUCUCAAUUUGUUCGCAUAUCAAGUCUAUCUAUCUAUCUAUCUAUCUAUCUAUCUAUCUAUCUAUCUAUCUAUUAUAUACCGUACCUAAGAACACGAAUGGUUGCAACACUUUCUAUCUAUCUAACUAUCUAUCUAUCUAUCUACAAGACUGUUUUUUCUGUGUAUCUGUUAAUUUAUUUCUAUCUAUAA